AUGCGUUUUCUGCAGCCACAAGUAAAGCAGUCUCUUCUGGUGCUGACGGCCAGCCACCAUCAUCUGAGGAAGGUGAAUUUGGCAAAUGACAUGCAGAUUCUCAAAGACAGAAUAACUGCAGAAAAUCUUCAAAGCCUUAAUUGUUGGGACAACAUAGCGGCCUCCAUGCUCGGCUCUCUGCUGCGGACCAUCCGGCAGGUUGUUCCUUCAUCAGCUUCAGGCCAAGUUCGAAGUUACUAUGUAGACUGGAAAAUGUUGCGUGAUGUGAAGAGAAGAAAAAUGGCCUAUGAGUAUGUAGAUGAGAGGCUACACAUCCAUUCUCUCAGGAAGAAUACCAUUCUGCCAAAAGACCUUCAGGAAGUGGCUGAUGAAGAAAUUGCUGCCCUUCCCCGGGACAGCUGUUGCAUUAGAAUCACAAAUCGGUGUCUUACGACGUCCCGUCCACAAGGUGUAAGGCGGCGCUGGAGGCUUAGUCAUAUCUUCUUCUAUCACUUAGCCGACCAUGGGCAACUGUCUGGGGUGCAGCGAGCAAUGUGGUAA